ACCAAGAAGCCAGGCUACGUGCGGCUGCCCGUGUCGCGGCACUACUUCAACGGGUCGAGCGGGUGGAAAUGGGGCUGGCACUGGUCGCCGCCGCCGGGCUUUCCCUUCCCCCUGCCGUCCUACUACCCCGGACGGCCCCCGCCGUCAUCCCUGUCCACCGUGACCAGGCCGCCAUCGUCGACGGUGGCGCAGGCGACGAGACUGACCCCGCCGUCGCCGACCGCGUUCACCAUCCGCCGCAGAGACCAGACGGACCGCCGCUGGGGCUGGCAGCACCUCGAAGACCUGGGCGGAAUUGCCUACAUUCUGCAGCUGGACAUUGGCACGCCGCCGCAGAAGAUCAAGGUGUUCAUCGACACGGGCUCGUACGAGCUGUGGGUCAACCCGCGGUGCAACACGUCGGCCGACGCCACGCUGUGCCAGAGCUACGGCAACUACUUCCCCAACAAGUCCAACUCGUCGUCGUUUGUCGGCGGCGACUUUGCCGUCACGUACGGCACGGGCGCCGUGAAAGGCAGCUACUGGUCGGAUAUUAUGAGUAUUGCGAUGUUCCAGAUCCCCGCCGUGCAGUUCGCCGUGGCCAACGACAGCAACUACACCUUCUCGGGCAUCCUCGGGCUGGGCUACUCGUACCCGUACUCGAUCAAUUACCCGAGCGUGCUGGACCUGAUGGUGUCGCAGAAGCUGAUCUCGGCGCCCAUCUUCAGCUUGGGGCUGGGCGGCGACCAGGACGGCUUUAGCGAAAUCAUCUUUGGCGGCAUCAACCGGUGGAAGUUUGCGGGCCCGCUGGAGCCCGUGGCGAUAUGGCCGCCCAUCUCGCAGCAGGACCCGAACUGGAUCCAAUACUGGGUCAACGUGACGUCGGUGGGCAUGACCAAGCCGGGGCAGGCGCCCGUCAUCUACACGCCGCGGGACACGUUCACGAUGCCGACGCUGAUCGACACGGGGUCGACGCUGUCGUACAUCCGCGAGGACCUGGUCGCGCAGAUCGGGCAGCAGUUCCAGGCGACCAUCGACGCGGCGGGCAACUACAUCGUCGACUGCGCGUGGCGCAACAACACGGGGCCCGGCACCGUCGACUUCGGCUUCAACCGUGGCCGCAUGGUCAUCAGCGUGCGCUACAAGGACUUUAUCUACCAGCAGUACCCCGGCCACUGCAUGCUCGGCGUGCAGCCGGCCGACGUCGGGUCGACCAAUUAUGUGUUGGGCGACACGUUCAUCCGGGGCGCGUACCGUGGGUUUCUCUCCUCUCUCUUUGUCUCUGUCGGAUGCGUCUUUGCCUCUGUCGGAUUCGUCUUCGACCAGCAGUCAGACGUGGUCUGGAUGAACCAGUACUACAACUGCGGCGACGGGGUGGUCAGCGUGGGGCAGACGACGCGCGACACCCAGUAUGUGGUCGGCGCAUGUUGA